GGCAGAACAUACGGAAAUAGACAAUGUGCUAGGGCUUAGCAUCGGUCUGUAUCAACUAUCAAGGGUCAUAAAAUGUCGUCGUCUUCGUCGAAAACCCUAAUUCGGACGGGAGUUUCUCUGAUAAGCCGUUUGAUGAAUCAAAACUUAAAAUUCUCAGCUCAAAAAUCAGAAAUUGCAAAUCAGACCCUCACUUCUAGGCUUUUCCCAUCUCUCUCCUCUCAGUCUCCGAUUCCACUUCAUUUGCCCCAAUCCGACGUCGAUUCGUUCAAAAAGGUCUCCUCCGAAGGUUUCUUAUAUCCCACUGGCCUCCCUUCCCUCCCCUUUUUCCUCCCCGACGUUGAUGAUUCUACGUCGAGUGGGAUGCUUUUAUUUCCUAAGAGAACCUACCAACCCAGCAACAUCAAGCGCAAAAGGACCCAUGGUUUCCUGGCUCGCAAAGCAACAAAGGGCGGCCGGAGAGUCAUUGCUCGACGUAUUGCAAAGGGCCGAUCAAGAAUAACAGCUUAGCAACUCUAUUUGUUGCUUGGUUUGCAAGGUGUACGGAUCAAGGCUAGAAGGCAAGUUUAGGCCAUUUUACGGACAACUGAAUAGUUUAAGUUGUGAUUGUUGAAAAGAAUAGGACAAGGAGGUGAUGUUUUGCUCAAACGUUAUAACUGGAGUUUUAUAUUUAGGCUCCCACCUCCCAGCUUUGUCCACAACUCUUCCAAGUAUUUCUUUUGCAGAAAUUCAUUGAAGCUGGUUUCGAUUCCCUAACAAUAUGCUUGAUUUGUAAUAAUGUUUUUUUCUUGACUGAACUUAAUGUAGCCCAUAGUGCCAUACAGUGUUAGUAUCACAGCCCUAGAAUCUUCUCCCCUUUA